AUGUUGGUGCUAUUUGAGACGUCGGCGGGUUACGCUAUUUUCAAGUUAUUGGAUGAAUCGAAGUUAUCACAGAUUGAAGACCUAUAUCAAGAGUUCAAUACUCCAGAAGGUGCUUCCUCUGUUGUAAAACUAAAAAACUUUAUUAAGUUUGAAGACACUACAGAAGCUUUAGCUGCCACUACAGCAGCUAUAGAAGGCAAGUUGUCCAAAACACUUAAGAAAGCUCUCAAGAAAUAUGUAUGCAAAGAUGUUCAGGAUCAAUUGUUAGUUGGAGAUGCAAAACUAGGUAGUGCCAUUAAAGAAAAAUUUGAUUUACAAUGUGUCUCAAACAGCAAUGUUCAAGAGCUAAUGAGAUGUAUACGUUCACAGAUGGACAGUUUACUCACGGGCUUACCGAAAAAAGAGAUGACGGCUAUGGCAUUAGGUCUUGCCCAUUCUCUUUCCAGGUACAAACUAAAAUUUUCUCCAGACAAAAUCGACACUAUGAUUGUCCAAGCACAAUGUUUAUUAGACGAUUUGGAUAAGGAAUUGAAUAAUUACGUUAUGAGGUGUAGAGAGUGGUAUGGUUGGCAUUUCCCUGAACUUGGCAAGAUUAUAACAGACAAUACAUUGUUUGUAAAGAUAGUUAAAUUGAUUGGCACCCGUGAUAACGCCUCCAAGACUGAUCUAUCAGAUAUUUUACCUGAAGAUUUAGAAGAGAAGGUCAAAGAAGCUGCGGAAAUAUCAAUGGGUACAGAAAUAUCAGAGGAUGAUAUAAUGAAUAUACAGAAUUUGUGUGAUGAAAUUAUUUCUAUAACAGAAUAUAGAACACAUUUAACAGACUAUUUGAAAGCUAGAAUGAUGGCAAUGGCCCCUAAUCUAACCGUUUUAAUCGGAGAACAUAUCGGGGCUAGGCUAAUAGCUCAUGCUGGUUCUUUAAUGAACUUAGCCAAGCACCCAGCGUCCACAAUUCAGAUAUUUGGUGCAGAAAAAGCUUUAUUUAGGGCAUUAAAAACGAAGAAAGAUACUCCUAAAUACGGUCUUAUUUACCAUGCACAUUUAGUUGGUCAGUGCAGUACAAGGAAUAAGGGUAAAAUGUCUCGUAUGCUGGCUGCAAAGGCAGCGCUUUGUACGAGAGUGGACGCUUUCGGAGACGAAGUGUCGUUUGAGCUCGGAGCUGAACACAAAGUCAAGUUAGAGAAUAAAUUGAGGCUGCUUGAAGAGGGGAACCUGAGGAGGAUUAGCGGGACAGGAAAGGCUAAGGCGAAAUUCGAGAAAUAUCACAGUAAAUCAGAAGUCUUCCAAUAUCCAGUUUCUGGUGACAGUACUCUUGGCAAGAAACCUAUCAAGAGAGAACAUUCGCCCGAAGAGGAUGGUCAGGUGUCCUCCAAGAAGAUAAAGUUGGAAGAUGGUGCAGAAGAUGUAAAACCUAAAAAGAAGGUCAAAGCGGAACCAGAAGACACAGCAGACGGCCAUGAUCAGUUAGACAACGGUACAGCUGUGCCAGAGAAGAAGAAAAAGAAGAAGAAGAAGUCGCUGGACGCGUCACAAGCAGAAGCCGAAGUUAUGGCAGAAGUUGAUGAAGCCCAAGAGCAGCCAGAAGAACCCAAGAGUGAGAAGAAAAAGAAGAAAAAGAGACAGUCCCAAGUGGAAGAAGAAUAA